UGCAGAGUAGAGUACAUUGUGACAGACCUUUUAUAUUCUACUAGAAAAUGGUUUGUAGUACAUGCAAGUGCGAAUAUCUACUUUAAUGUACUGUUGUAAAACUAGAGUUAUUUUGUAAGUUUACAAGACAAGAUGGGGGCUGUUCUUGCAAUUCCCAUAGGAUUUGUAUUCUACCAUAUACUAACUACAGAAGAUUUGAAGCCUAUACAUGGAGUAUAUAAUUUACCAAAUCGUUUUUUCUACAUUAAAAAAAUUGUUAGCCUUCUAUAUCUGAAGAUUCAAAUAUGGGCACAGCGGAAAAGGUUUGACUUGUACGACAUGAAUAGUCUUACAGACAUGGAGAAAAAUGGAUUUAUUCCACCACCAAAAGAGAUCGCUUUGGAAAACCCUCAACCAUCUAAACAUUUACUUAAAAAAGUAGACGAAAUCUUCUUUUAUGGUGUCAAGUCAACAGGCGAGUGUCUAGUAGUCAAAGCAUCCAGACUACACAGCAACGUUGUAGAAGUUAUGAUGUUUUUGAGGACGGAUGUUGGCAAUCACUACACUUUUCCCAAUGGUCCAGUAUGUCAUAGCCUAGCUGGAGAUUGUGAUUACUUUAGUGGAGGAGGUUUAAAAAUAAAAUGUGUUAGUGCUAUGAGGAAAUGGCGAAUUUUAUUCAACGGUUUUUUGAGAGAGAUUCGUAGUGAUUCAACAGAUAACAGAGUAGUUCAUGUCAAAUUCAGUUUUAUAUGGCAAGCUAUGUCUGAUGUCCAAGAUAUGAUCUGUGAUAUAAACCAAGAUAGUCUGGCUGAAGCAUUAGCAAAAGAACCAUGGGAUAAAUAUCUGCCAGACACUAAUAGGUUAAAUAAAGCUUUAAAUAAUUACGAACAGGGAGGUCAACUACAAGGAACUGUUUCUGUUGAAGGACAGGAAAAAGAGUUUAUUUUGUGGGGAACCCGAAUACGAAAUUUGGGCCAGUCUGUUCCGUUUCAUCGAAGUGUUGACUUUUUUGGCUUUCUCAAGAAAGGCGGUCUUUUCCACGUUAGUGCCGUAUCCUUACCAGGAAUUGUCUCCCAUCUUGUCUACGGCCAUUACAUCCAUUCUAACGCUGUAAUGAUGCCUAUCAGGUCUUGUAACUUUCAACUUGCCCUAAUGGGUGAAAACAAACAGAUACCUCGCUUCGUAAAGUUUUCGUUUGUAGCAGGUGGGAAGACCUUUAAGUGUGUGGUUGACCUGAAAGAACACAUAUGUGACUUUGUAAGUACCAAUAUAUAUAAAUUAUUCAAAUACUCUAUUAUUAGUCUUAAUGAAGACAUUGGUUGUGGAAUCUCUGUGUUCCAAUACAAAUCUAAAGACGUUCAACCCAUACCUUGUGCUAACAUGUCAAAUAUUUUGUCUGACCAUCAUCAAGUCAUCAUGAGACCAAUGGUUGUCGAAAUUGACCAACCACAAUGUUAUAUAACAGCUCUAACUGGAGGCAAAGGUUCUUCUCUUGCUAAGUUAACCACUAUCUCUAAACGAACACAUUUAUUUCAUGUUCCCCCGGGAGUGGUUGUUACUACUGUAGCCUAUCAAGAAUUCAUUAAGAAAGGACAACUACAAGAGGUAUUAACUUCUUUGGAAGAGAUUGCUUGGGGUCAUAUUGCAGGGAAUCUCAAGGAAUUUUGUCAACAGACUGUGACAAUGAUUAGUAGAGUUAAACUCCCAGAAACAAUUUGCCGAUUAUUACACAAAAGUCUUCAGUCAAAAUUUGGAGAUAAACUAGACACACUCACAUUUGCUGUUAGAUCUUCAGCUUCAGGAGAAGAUUCGGAUGACAUGUCGGCGGCUGGACAGAAUGAUACAUUCCUGGGGAUUAAAGGAUUAAGCCAAAUCUAUGAAGGUGUGACUAAAUGUUGGGCAUCACAGUUUUCUUACUUGGCUAUUGAAUAUAAAAGGCGCAACGGUCAGCUAUUAAACUCUCCCAUGGCUGUGGUCAUCCAGCAAAUGAUUCCAGCUGAUGUUGCUGGGGUCAUGUUUACGUGUGACCCAGUGACCUCUAACCCAGCAGUCAUCACUAUUACAGCUAACUAUGGACUUGGUGAAACUGUUGUAUCUGGUACUGCCGAACCUGAUACCAUAUUAUUAGAUCGCGAUUAUAACAAUAAAAUAUCAUAUCGGUCAGUCAGUAUUGGUAAGAAAAACUUGUGUACUGUGGUAGAAGCAGAUGGCGAAAUAAAGGAUAUGGUAUCAGCAACAAAUUCCUCACAAAGCUGUUUAAGUGAAUCUUCUGCAAUAUAUCUUGGCCAUGUUGGAGUUUUGGUUGAAAAAUGUUUUGCCAGUCUUAGAGACAUUGAAUGGGCAAUGGUGAAAGAAAAUAUAUAUUUACUUCAGGCCAGAUCCAUUACAUCAACUGAAACAGAGACGGAGUUCGAAAUUAUUCAUGAGAAUGACUCACCUCUACGUAGUGAACAUGAAUUUUUUACCAAAGCUAAUAUUGGAGAGGUCAUACCUGGAGCUAUAAGCCCAUUGGGAAUGUUUACACUAAUGUACAUCUUUGAGAUGUCCUUCAAGAGAAUAAAAAUGUAUCCGCCAGAACUCUUAUACCCUUACUUAUCCAAAACAAUUUGUUGCAGAUUUAAUCAUGCAUUUUUUAGCAUGCUAGAUAACCCAUAUUUUACGAAUGAAGGAAAUAUGGCCACAGGAUAUCAAGUCUCUUUCUUUGGGCGACCAAUUAGAAACAGAGAAAUGGCAGAACGAAGCAAGGAUCGAUUAAGCAUGUUUAAAAUGUCACUGUCGUUUGUUUUACGAUGCAUUUGUUUCAUUUGUAAAUCUUUACUUCAGGCAAACCAAGUUUUGCAAAACACAGAGAAACGAUACUCUAGCUAUGAUCUUCCAGUGAAUUUCAAAGAUUCUUUGGAAAUGUAUAAAACGAUUGAAAAGUAUCUUCUUAGUACAACUCACGAGUCACUUGUAUGUCAUAUGUGUUGCACUUCAAAUUCUCAAUUAUGGAAUGCAUUCCUUUUAAAUUUAUUGGUGUCAGCAGAGAAAGAGUGGAAUGUUAAGGUUUUUUCAGAUUUUGGUUACCUCUUAUCAACUUGCACCAACGUGGAGAGUGCUGAUAUCCCCAAUGAUCUUAGGAAAUUGGCGCUGGAAAUUAGUAAGGAAGUUGACAACAAGAUGUUUAUUGAUAUGACACCAGAGUCUGCAACGAGAUUGUUACGUAUAAGACAAACAGCUGCUGGAAAAUCUUUCCGAGAAUUUGUUCGUAAGCAUGGACAUCGUUGUUUAAAAGAACUUGAUAUAAACUCGAUUCCUUGGAGAUCUAAUUCAACCUCUGUUGUUCAGACACUUCAGUGUUUGAUGAGAAACAUUAAUCAAAAAGACAAAUGCAGGGAAGAAGUCAGUUCUGUAAAAGCAUUAUUAAACCUUCAAGUGUCCUUGUCUUGGUGGCAGAAGUAUGUCCUAAAAUUUUUGCUUCCCCGUGUAAGAAAUGGUGUUCAAGUGAGAGAACGUUCCAAAUCUCUUUUGGUUAAAACAUUGGAUGUCAUUCGUAGAGCCUACUGCCAUUUAGGUACAUUAAUGAUGAAAGAAGGAAGACUACCUGAUGCUCGCCUCUUGUUCUUCUUAACACAUCAAGAAAUCGGACAACUUCUUCAUCUACGUUCACCACGAUUAAUUUCUAAGGCUAUUCGUCGACAAAAGGUGGAUCCUCUGUUAAAUUCACUUUGCUUCUCGGAGAUAACCCAGGGAAUAAUUAAACCAAUACCUAAAACGGAGCAACACGAUAGCACCUCCUCAUAUUUUUACGUAACAGGUACUCCAGUAAGCCAAGGAAUUGCCAGAGGUCCAGUUAGAGUAGUGACCUCCAUUGAUAAAGCUGACGAGAUACAACCUGGAGACAUUUUGGUAACUUAUGGCACAGAUAUUGGAUGGAGCCCAUAUUUUCCUCUUUUGUCUGGCGUUGCUACAGAAUUGGGAGGUCUUAUUUCACAUGGAGCUGUUGUGGCACGUGAAUAUGGACUUCCCUGUGUAAUAGGGCUUCAUGGAGCUACAAGCAUUUUCAAGUCUGGGGAGAUGGUGCAACUGGAUGGCAAUAGAGGACGGUUAGAAAAAAUUUUAGACUAAUAUUGCAGUGAUACUCACAUUCAAUUUGUGGAAAGAUAGUGCAGUUGCAUGGCAGCACAAGAUGCUUCGAUAAAAAUAAUUAAACUAACUUUGUAAUGGUAUUAGCAUUAUAUGUUACGAAUGUAUUUAGAAAAAAGAAAAUAAUAUAAUACGUUAUUGUAUAAAUUUUAUAAUGAGAAAAAUCGCAAAACAUGUAGGUAUAUAUAUAUAUUGCAUAUUUCAUUUCACCAAAUGAAAAUUGAAAAUGCGGUUUGUAACGUGCAAUACCCUCCGCUAUGGACUGCAUUUUCACCUAGUUAAGGCUCAUCAGAAUAGCUAGGGUCAGCAAAACAAAAUAGUUAGGCCUCUCAUAAUGGAGAUGCGUAAGUAAUAGAUGUGUGUUGUUUUUUUAAUAUGUAAUUUAAGCUUAAAAUAUGUUUUCUCAUAUACAUUUAAGACAUAUAAUAAGCAAUACGCUAAUGAUCAUUUGGUGGUCAAUUUGUAAUAAUAUUGUAUAUAUAUAUAUAUAUAUAAUUUCAUAGAUAGGAAACUCACAAACAUUAAAGCUAUUUUGUCUACACAUUCAUUCUCGAUGAACAGAACAACUGGUCAACAAAGUUAGAUUUUUUCCUGUAAGUUACAGCCAUUCUCUUAAUGUAACGUGAAUUAUAUAAAUAUCUCAUUUGCACCAAAGUAAUUUCUGUAGGUAGAUAACGAUAUUUUUUUCAAAACAUGCAACGAGAUCAAUUACUUUGAUUCUGUUACUUCGUUAAGCUUAUUAUAAAGUGUUUUGCCUUUGUGUUGCCUAUCAUUUUUCGAGGUAAUUCUUAGUUCGUUUCCUAACUUUGUUUAACGAAAUUUCCUUUUUUCAUUCCUUAAAACUUUAUUUUGAGAUUUAUAAAAUAUGUAUAGAAACCUAAAGAAAAACUAAUGUCUGAUAGCAAGAAAAAUGUAUAAACGUAUAUAUUGUA